UUCAGGUGAAGAUGUGUUGUUGAGAGAAGCAAUAAUGUUUUUCAAUGCCAAACUUACGGCAAGACUAAUCACAUUUCGGCUUCCAGUGCGUUAUUUCUCCAAGAGCAAGAAAUCGACAGCAACUUUGAAAUACCUACGAAAGCAGUGCUCUGAUGAAUUCUCCAGGAAAGCCCGUGAACAUUCUUAUCGUGCUCGAAGCGCCUAUAAACUGUUGGAAAUCAAUGAAAAGUAUAAAAUUAUUGAGCCUGGUAUGGUAGUUGUUGAUGUUGGAGCGGCUCCUGGAUCGUGGUGUCAAGUAGUUGCUGAUAUUGUACAACCAAACGUAUAUGGUGAUGCCUUUGUUUUGGGCAUCGAUUUACAGCCGAUAAUGCCAGUUUCGGGUGUUAAUUUCUUGGACUUGUCCGAUAUCACUGCUCAAAAAACACAUGAAAACAUAAAGCAACUUUUAAACGGAAGAUCUGUUGAUGUUGUCAUCAGUGAUAUGGCUCCAAACCCUACCGGUGAUAGAGGAAUUGACCAUGAACGAAUUUUAUCACUUUGUGGAAUAGUAUUGGAACUUAGUGUCAAAAAGUCAGUAAUUCCUCUAGUGAGAAAUGGAACGUUUCUGUGCAAAAUAUGGGAUGGACCAAGGCGAGAAGAAUUUAUUGAGCGUCUUAAGAGAGAGUUUGGGAAGGUGUAUACCGUGAAACCCAAAGCUAGUCGUGAUCAUAGUGCGGAAAUAUAUCUGCUGGCAAUAAAGAAAUUGUUUUAG